AGCAGAGAAGGAGACGUGGAUCAAAGAGAAAUAUGUGGAGAGGAGAUUUGUUCAGAGCAGCAGCUGUGAGCAGCGUGGGAAGGACGAGGCCGGGCGCCGUCUGUAUCGGGCGGCGUCUGUGGGAGACCUGGUCGCCAUGGCAGCAGCGCUGGCCGAGGGGGCGGAGGUGAACGGCAGCGUCGCCGACGAGGGCGGACGCACGGCGCUGAUCGGAGCCGCCAUCGGGGGGUCUCUGUUGGCCUGUGAGUUCCUGCUGCUGAACGGAGCCAACGUCAACCACAGAGACCUGAGGGGACAGGGAGCGCUGCACGCUGCUGCCACCGCUGGACACACCGGACAGGUGUGUCUGUUGCUGAAGAGAGGAGCCAAUCAGUACGCUGUGGACGAGAGAGGACAGGACCCGCUGGCCAUCGCCGUGGAAACAGCCCACGCUGACAUCGUCACGCUACUGAGGAUGGCCAGGAUGAACGAAGAGAUGAGAGACUCAGAGGGAGUCUUUGGAGCCGUGGGAGACGACGAGACGUUUCAGGACAUCUUCAGAGACUUCAGCGACAUGGCCUCGCACGAGCCGGAGAGACUGAGCAGGAGGCAGUUCAGCCGGGGAGGAGAGGAGGAGGAGGAGGAGGAGGAGGAGAGGAGGAGGAGGAGGAGGAGGAGGAGAGAUGGUGAACAGCCAGCACAGUGUUGAGAAGACGUCAGGAUGACGGUAGAGUUCACUGACACCUGCUGAGUGUAGGACGUUCAACAACACUGUCACACAGUUACUGAGCUACAGCUGCAGCUAAUGAUCAACAUCUUCACUGUUAGAAAUACUAAAGAAACCAGCAGCUGAAUAUUCACUGACACAGCUGCAGGUCCUGGAAAGUCCUUCAAAACCUUUCAUCAAGUUAAUUUUAUUUAGUUUGACAUUUCAUUAUUUCAUUUACAGAGUCUAAAGCUGUGAGAGAAUGACCUUUGACCUGUAGAUGUAGAUAUGGUUCAUGGUUUAAUGGUUUAAUCCGUCCGUUUCAUCUGCUUCUGUCAUGAACCUGCAGAGAGAAACAGCUGCUGGUUAAUCUACUGUUUUCAUGUGGUUUCGCUGCAGUUAAGAACUAGUUACGGUUUAAACGAUGUGACCUGAACGCAGCGUUAGUUCAGGUGUAUCAUCGUCAUGAUUUUAUUUUGUGCCCAGCAGCUUUAAGACUGAAGAUGAGACCUGUCUGUGGGUCUGAAGUCGUUUCGUUCAGUGUGGUAAAUAUUCAUCUGUCGUUCUUGAAUCUAACUCAGAGAAUAAAACUCAGAUUCUUUGGUUCAAACAAAGGGAGCAGAGUCGUACCUGGUGAGGCGUUCACUGCCUGCUCACAGCGCAGGAAUACAGCUUCACCUGGUAUCAUGUUUACAGUGCAGAUCACUGACAGCAGCUGUGGCAUUAUGGGUAAUUUAGUGCUGCUAAACCAAGUCCAUGCAAUGAAGUUAUAUCAGUGGGAUGUUAAAGUCUGAAUCUGAUCCAGGUCUGAGGUCUAACGAGUUAGUGAUGAUGUGUUUCUGUAGCUCUGAUCCUUCAGGUUUAGUUGAUCAGAUCAUCUUCACAGAUGAACACCACUGUUCUGAUGUUUGAAGUAAGAAGCUAAUGUUAGGCUAUAAACCAACUACACCACGGUCACAUGACGUCAACGUCUCCACCACUAAGCUUCCAACUGGUCAUUUCAUUUAGCUCUGAGCUCUUCUACAAAAGCCUUUCUUCUUAGAAAGUUAGUGAGAGUUUGAAAGAGCGUGAGUAGAAACACAACGAGGCUGUAAAGGUGGACUGGUGAGUAGAUGGGUUUUCAUGUUAACGUCCCCGACAACCUCUGUAGUCUCAUUUAGACACUCGUUAGCAACCGCCUUUUUUAAGACACGUAAAAGCUUCAAACAUCAGGAGUGGGGGAUUUACUGACCCAUUUUAUGUCGGAGAAUCAAAACCUGAAAAUGUCUUGAGCUUGUGUUAAAACCACAGACCUUAUUUCAGACAUUUAACCAGAAACAAACAGGAAGAGCUAACAUGCUAACAUGCUAACUUACGUCCUGGUUUUAGGAUCAGUCCUGAUCUACCAGAUGUUUGAGUUUGUCCAUUUUUUUUCAUGGUUUGUGUCCAAAUACUGUUACAGAGGAAACAGGAAGUGAUGGCGUUAACAUUCCACCAUGUUUCUUUAACCUUCUGUUCUCUAACCUGUGUUCAAAGGGAUUUCAUGUGUAGCUGCUGUUACACGUCCGACUGAAGUGUUGCUGUUUUGUUUUUAAACCACUUUGUAUGAAUCAGGACUGAAGUGGACCAACAGACGGAGCUCAGUCCCUGAAGCAGAACAUUCACCUUCAUGUUUCUGCUUCAGGCUGAGUUUCUGCUUUUACUGAUGUGAUGCUACUGCUGAAUAAAACAUAUUAACACGU